GCAAAAGAAGCUACUGGAGUAAAAGCAUCAGUGUGUGACUGAUUAGUUAAACAUAAUUCUCAGAAGUUAACAGGUUGUGUUCGGUGCUCCUUUUUUGUUAACACCGCCCAGCUCUGAGUGCCUGCGGUCAGAGCUGCUUUAGCUGGAAGGUUUAACGGCUUCUGUGUUUAGCUGUUAAUGCUAUGAUCCGUGGAGUGAUUUGGGGACGUUUGGGUCGGCUGUGAGGGGUAGGAAAUGCCCGACAGCGGUGGGUUCGCCUGGACGGUGGUGGUCCUCACCUGCCAACAUAAAGACAGUGUUUAUUCAUUCCAGAGAGAGUUGGAGUUGCGGCAGCAGCGCGGCUCUCUCUCUCAGGCUGCGUUGGUUUUGACGGUACGGGAUCGCCAGGAGCCACUGGGCAGUGGAGGGGCGACACUCAAUGCUCUACUGGUAGCUGCAGAACAUCUGAGCAACAGGGCUGGACACACUGUGGUGACAGCCGAUGUCCUGGAUGAUGCUCACAUCCUCAUCCUUCACACGGGUCGAGAUUUCCCCUGGAGUUCCUGCAGCAGAGCGUUCUGCUGGCUGCCCCAGGAGAAACAUGACCAGAAAGUCCAGGCUCCUGUUUGCUGCCUGGACCUGCUGCUGGACCGCCUUAGUAACCAGAUUUGUCCUGGCUCUCCUCCUGGUGUUUGGGUCUGCAGCACUGAUGUGAUCCUCACCAUUCCUCCUGACUUUGUUUUAUCCUGGGAGGAUUUCUCCGGUGUUCAGGUUUUGGCUUUACCGGGUGACAUCUCCUACGCAGGCAACCACGGAGUCUACCUCUGUGACCAACAGGGUCAGGUCAGGGACAUUAUCUACAAGGGAACAGAAGAGCAAAUCCAACAAGCUGUGAUGUCUGAUGGGAAAGUGCCUCUGGUGUCAGGUCCGGUCUUUUUCAGCAGGUCUGUAUCUGAGAAGUUAUUGCAGGCUCAUGUCACUCCACCUCUGGAUGGCUGCACAUACCUUGGCCUGGAUUCUGGAGCUCCUCCCCUCCAGAUAUCUCUCUUCCUGGAUGUGUUGAAGUGUCUUUGCUUAGACCAGACCCAGGAUCAGUUUGUGAAGGAGGAGAGAGUUGGGUGCAGUUCUGCCUCUGGCCCACAGGGGGCGUUAGUGAGGAGUGGCAGGACAGAGCUGUGGAGGAUCCUGAGAGGGACUCCCCUCCGACUGGUGUGCGUUCCUGGUGGUCGCUACGACUACCUGACACUGUCCGGGAAACAGCAUGUCGAUCGGCUGACUUGUGAUUGGGCAGAUAGAAACACUCUGUCGCACAUUCAGAAUGAGAGCAACGUCAGCGCAGGAAGUCGGGUCAUCAACAGUGUUCUGGAGGGAGAUGUUACAAUGGCAUCAGGAGCAGUGGUUCAACACUGCCACCUACAGGGCCCUGUGAACAUCCCCUCAGGCUGUUUACUGUCUGGUCUUGAGUUGUCAACAUCACCAUGCAUCAGAGAUUUGGCGCUGGACAAUGACAUCAUCAUUCAGGGACAUCGAAUAGUACUGGGAGAACUGAAGCUGAACGUGUACACGGUGAUUGGAGCGCAGGAUGACCUAGAGGUUUCUUCUUCUGAUGACAAAGCAUCUUUCCUCAGCCAGAGAUGGAGCAUCUUUUUUAGCAGAACAGGAAUCCAGCCAGAGGAGUUGUGGGUCAGAGGAGAACAGCCCUCCCUCCUCGAGGCUCGUCUUUUCCCAGUCCUCCACCCCAGAGGGGGUGCUGUAGGUCUGGAGGGAGGCGUCGUCUGGCUGCUGGGCGGAGCCGGCUCUCUGCAGAUGUGGAGGGAGGCCUGGAGACUGUCCUUGAAGGAAGUACUGUCACUUACCCACCAGGAGGCGGAGCUCCAGUGGAGGGAGGAGUUACUGUUCCUAGCGGGGAGGAGGAGAGUCUUCGACGCUCUGAUGAGUCGCUCAGAUGUCUGUCUGCUGCCUUGCUUUAGGGCAGUGGUGCUAGGAGGACAGCAGGGGCUGCUGCUGGAAACACUGGACAGCAUUGCAGCAGGAAGUAGGGCAGGACCAGAUCCAGGGGCGGAGUCAUAUCAUGGGGCAGAGCUGGGCGUGUCUGCUCGCUGUCUGUCCUGCAUUGCUGAUGUUUUGGUCUGCAUGGCGGGGGGGAGAGGAGGGCUAAGGAGUGGACCUGCUGCUAACGAGGCCUGGAGCUCUGCCUACUCCCUGUUAGAGGAGGGUAACCUGAGGGGCGGAGUCCAUGUCCUCGCUGAACAGAGAAUGCAUUGGCUAAGCAGGCCAGACUUGUUGGUCCGGGCAGCACGACAUUAUGAAGGUGCAGGUCAGGUGUUGCUCCGGCAGGCAGUGAUGUCAUCACAAAGGUUCAUAUCUAUUGGACAAGGUCUAGUCCCGCCUCUAGAGGAAUGGCAGGAAGUUGAGUGUCCAGCAAGACUGGACUUGGCAGGUGGAUGGAGCGACACUCCACCCAUCGCCUUUGAACACGGUGGAUCUGUAACCAACGUUGCAGUGAAGGUUGAUGGGAAACGUCCUAUUGGUGCCAGAGCUCGACGCAUCAGAGAGCCCCGCCUCCUGUUAGUCAGCUACUCUGGAGGGCGGAACAGUGGGGUUUCCACAGAGACAGUGUGUCAAAGCCUGGAUGAUCUGAGGGAUUACUGUCAGCCUCAUGCACCUGGAGCUCUACUAAAGGCUGUGUGUGUAUGCAGUGGUCUGGUGUCUCUGUCCUCCCAACAUCCUCUGGGUGAUCAGCUGAUGGAGCGGUGGGGAGGAGGAGUGGAGCUUCACAGCUGGUCACUGUUGCCCACUGGGUCAGGACUGGGUACCAGCAGCAUCCUGGCAGGGGCACUGUUGGCUGCAGUCUACAGAUGUACCGGUCGAACCUACGACACAGACUCCCUCAUCCACGCUGUCUUGUACCUGGAACAGAUUCUCACCACAGGUGGAGGCUGGCAGGACCAGGUGGGAGGUUUGGUAGGCGGGGUCAAGGUGGGUCGCUCCAAGGCAUCCUUACCUCUGCAGGUGGAAGUGGAACAUCUCAGUCCAUCAGAGGACUUCCUGGUGUCUCUGGAGCAGCAUCUUCUGCUAGUUUACACCGGCAAAACCCGCCUGGCUCGCAACCUGCUGCAGGACGUGGUGCGCAGCUGGUACAGCCGUCUGCCCUCCAUGGUCCAGAACGCACAGCAGCUCGUGGCCAAUUCAGAGGAAUGCGCCAAAGCCUGUUCAGAUGGUUCUCUGUCCAGACUCGGCCGGUGUCUGGACCGGUCCUGGCAGCAGAAGAAGCUGAUGGCUCCUGGGUGUGAACCAGCCUCCGUGCGGACCAUGAUGGAGGCCCUGAGGCCGCUGGUCCUGGGUCAAAGUCUGGCUGGAGCUGGUGGAGGAGGCUUCCUCUAUCUGCUGACUCGAGAACCUCAGCAGCAUCAGGCGGUGCUCCACGUCCUAAACAACACAGAGGGUCUUGGAGACUUCAGUGUUCACUCAGUGGAGCUGGACAUGGAUGGGAUCACAGUCCUGGCGCCAUCAUGAGGACACAUAAAUUGGUGUAUUGCUGAAACGGCCUUAUAAAGGAGAUGAUUGUAUAUUUGAUGGUAAAAAAAAACAAAAAAACAGGAAUCCCACUGGUUAAUGAAUAUACAAGGCUUAUACACUCCCCCUGCACAUAAACACCAGAUUUUUUUGUCCAUCAUGAGUGCAUAAAUAUUAGAGAGUCUGGAUUUUGAGACAUAAUGGUUUAAUAAACACCUGUUCAGCAGAAAAAAGGUCAAAUAACGGGCUUAGUCACUAUAUACCAUGUAAAAUGUUCUUUAUGUUUCUAACAGUUUUAGUUUUUCUGCUUAAAUGCAAUAAUUUGGCCAUCUCUUAUGCCUGAAAGUAAGGGAGAGAUAAUAAACAUGUAUGAAUGUUGCUGUUAUUUUCAACAACUAAACAUGUCAUAUCCAUAUCAGUGUACUCAAAGCAACUUCUAUUUUAUAAAGUAAAAUCAGACAAUAACACAUGUCUUCAUUGUUACUAUGCUAGUUAAGAAAUGGUACAUGUUUACUGUGUGUUUAGACUGAUGAACGGUAUGUCAAGUGUUCAGGGAUUUUUUUUUGUCUCCCUCAAAUACACCACAGCUUCUUUCCCGACGAGGUGGUUUGAUCAAACCCCGAAAUAUCAGUAAGACCAGGAGAGUCAACAAUGAUCUGUUAUCGUCUGCUUUAAGUGAACUUAAAAGUGAAAUCAUGUUUUGUGCACAAUAGCUUGAUGUCACGCCAUCUCUGCAAAAUGUUUGAAAGAAUCACACAUUCAUAGAACAAAUACAUGACACCAAACAAAUUAAAUAAUUCAUCUUGAUUUAACAGAUAUAUGCCUAUUUAAUCGAUGAAAUUCUGAUGAAACUAUGGAGGUUUACUAAGAG